CUACGUCUGCUGAGAAGACGGAUAGUUUUCCUACAAAUCCUUGUAAUGUUUAUGAUACUUGAAGCACGGUGCUUUCGGUUUAGAUUCUGUUGCGCAGGAGAACGAUAGUAGGCUACCGUUACGCUCCAAAUCGCUAAAAGGUGCCACGCUGAAAAUGAGCUGUACAGAUGAGAAACCUCUGAAGACUGAACUGGACCAGCUAGAAUGUCAUUUCACAUGGGAUUUGAGAAAAGCAGACACAAACGUCACUGAUCUUUUGACUAGACUGGAGCACAACCGUGACUUAAAUCUCGGGGGCAAAGCAGGGACUGCAUGCACACACAACUCUUUGGCAUACGUCAGGUAUAUUUUGGGUUCUUAUGAAGAAGCACUUACAAACUUGCAGAGAUCUGUGGAGCUCACUAAAGAAUGUUAUAGGGACAACUACGACAAUAAGCUCAUUGUCACGUAUGGAAAUUUUGCCUGGUUACACUAUCACAUGAAACAGAAUGCUGACUGCAAAAGUUACCUGGAAAAAUUGAGGGAGAUCAAAGAAAAAAAUCCACCUGACUCCAAUUCUGUCCCUCAUCAUGAGGUGCUUGGUGAGAAGGCCUGGGCCCUGUUCAAGUUUUCACGCAAGUAUUAUGGCAGAGCAAAGGAGUGUUUCAGGAAAGCAUUAGAGCUGGAGCCUGAGGAGGGUGAGUGGAAUGCUGGUUAUGCCAUUGUAUUAUACCGAACAGAAAGUAAAUGCAAGUGUCCAAAGGAUUCAUCAGCAAUUCAACAACUCAGACGGGCAAUAGACACAAACCCAGAUAAUGACGAGCUCAAGCUUCUUUUAGCUCUGAAACUUGCUGCGUUUGAGCUAUUUGAUGAGGCUGAGGACUUGGUGGAGAGGGCUGUCGAGAUGUCCCCAGAGAGUCCACAUGUGAUUAGAUAUGUGGGGAAAUACAUGCGGGUCUACGGAUCUUUAGAUAGGUCCACUGCCCUGUUGAAAAGAGCAUUGGAGGUUGCACCGAAUUCAGCUUUCAUACACCAUCAGUUAGGUCUCUGCUACAAAAUGAAAAAAGUACAAUUCAAGGAGCUGCAUGAGAUUCAGAGAUUUCGUCAGUUGAGCAUCUCUCAUCUUGAGAAGGCUAUCACACUGAAGAGUGGCUUCAUUAUUGCAAUGGCAGAAUUGGCACUUCUUUAUGGUGAGGAUGGACAAAUCAAACGGGCUGAUGAUGUGUUUCAAACAGCCUUGCCCAUUGCUGAAGAGAAAAAUGAGGGGCUACAAGCACUUUAUUUUUAUUAUGGGGAGUUCCAGCAGUACAGAGCAAGAUGUCUGCCAUUGGCCAUUGAAUACUACAAGAAAUGUUUGAAGAUGGCACCUGAUACACGAGAUGGAAAGAAAAGUGCUAAGAGUUUAAGAAAGAUUGCUGACAGACGCUUAUUGAAGAACACAAGCAAUGCAGAAGCUUUAGGAAUACUAGAAUUUAUUGAGCAGGUAACAGGUGAGAAACAUUCCACUGCAGAGGGCAGUGAGCAUGUUCUGGAAUCUACACGUAAUGAGGAAUAGUACAAAAUCUGUAUUUUUUUAGAUAUACAAAAUGUAUUUUAUUGAACAUACUGUAUUGCAGUUAUGUUUGUGGUUUUAUUGUCUAAGUGUCGGUAGAGGACAAAUGGAGCUCACUACAAUAAUCUUUCCUUUAUAUGGCAAUUAAGGCCUCUGUAGAAUUGAGCACAAUGAAUCAGCACUACCCUCUUCUGACUUGAGAUUUUAUUGAAUGAAUUCCACAGUACAUACAGCCUUAAAUUUCCUCUGAUUUUAUUUCCCCAUCAAAAGACAGUUAAAUAACAUUGGGUUUUCUUACAGUGAAUGCCAGGUCUCGAAGUUAGCACUCUGUAAUGUUCAGACCCAUUUUCGCUUCACAAUAAAACUAAAUGUAACACAUAUGAAACAAACAGUUUUAAAAUCCUUAAGGACCUUAAUGUUAGUUAUUUUUUGUAUAGGUAUCAAUUUAAGUGAAAGCUAAAUGUAAGUUAUUAUAGUAGUCAGGGGCGUAUUGCACCGAUUUUUCAUAUGCUGAUAUCGACGCUCAUUGACAAACGAUGUUCAACAAUAUUGGGAAAUGACAAAACCAUGGGAAGUCACCAAAAAUAUUAAAGCCCAGGGUUUCAAAUUAGCACCUGCUGCAAGUUGCGACCCGCCAAAUGCAGGUUGUGUAUUUCAUGUGCAGUGGUGGGUAAUUUUGCUCAUCUAUCCGCCACUGUGGUGGGCGACCUGCAAGACAUCUCGGAGUCUGAUUCGCUGUUUGUUCAGAGGUGUGAAGUGCUAGCAUGUCUCGUGGAGCACAAGCAUGUAAAGAGUUCUCACUCUUUCUUCUCUAUUUGAGUUGUCUAAGAACAGUUUGCAAGAAUAGUGUCGUCUAUGAGAAUGCUGCAAAUGACCUAAGGCAUUCUGAGGUGGUGCUCGGAGUUAAGUUCGCUUUAUUUCCACAGGAUAGUUUGAGCUUAACAUGCAUUGUGAACGCAACUCUGCAGGUUCACAAAUAAUAAAAUAAUACAAAAACAACUUGAACCUAAAAUGUAUUUAUUUUUGCAAUUAUUAUUAUUAUGAUGUUUACAUUAAUAAUUUUCUUUAGAUCUUAAUUUGUAUAAGUAAUUUUCCACCUGUUGUUGUAGACGGACACUUGCGUGGCAGCAAAUAAGAGGUGGUUAAAUACAUUUUUUUUUUGACCAAACUUUUCAUUGUUUCAGUUGCAAUUUGAAUUUAGAAAUACUGUAUUUAGAAAUACUUCAUGUUUCAAUGAAUUUAAUUUUGAAAGAAAAAUCAAUAAAGCAAAAAAUAUCACACACACCCUCAGUAGUAGGGGCAGAGGGGUUGACGAUGUAAUCGGAUAUUGUGAUACUUUUUAAAUAAAAAUAUUGUGAACAUAUUUCUUGUAUAUCGCCCAGCCCUAGUCUAACUGUAAUGGUUGCAUUUGGUUACAUUUUAUAAGGUGCGUGUCUGACAUUUUGAGGCGGUUUUACGUCACUUUUGUUCGAUCUUGCCACCUCUUUUUCACAAGCCUUUUCUAUACAUAACACAAGAGGUUGUGCAAAAGGUGCCAGCACAAACGCAAUGAUGCCCACAACUGCUUCAGCUCAAUAGAGAGUGAAAACUAGAGGGUGAAAUGCAACUGUCAUAUCCAGAAGUCGUAUAUAUAUAUAUAUAUAUAUAUAUAUAUAUAUAUCAGUGGUUUAGCCACCCUUGCCGCCUUUCUCCCAUUGAAAAUUCGGAACACUGCUACUGAGGAACCACGUAAAAAAAAAAAAAAGAAGUCUUUCGUUACUUAAAGUUUUUAUAAUUGUUGAAAAGGAGAGGAUUCACACUGAAAUAACAAACAGCUGCUUUCUUUAAACACUAAGAGAGUGUAAAGAAGCCACAAAACCUGUCAAAUGCAUUUCAGCACCAAAGUAAAUGAACAGCGACUGAUCAAACAAAAACAUAGGCUAAACCUAAUCUAUAUUACAGUAGAUUAUAUAAAAAACACUGAUUGACUGUUCCACAGAGAUCAGACAUAGUUGCCAAACGUAACUGCACUGAAGUUGAUGCAAUUAAUUAUUUAUUAUUACCACACCACGCUUUCCCUUGGUGCUCGACCUUCCCCAUGAACGUGACCUCCGAAGCUGUGACGGGACGUUGUGUAUAGCGGAACGUUUGUGACACGAUUGGAAUUGGACUUAAAAAAUUUAGACAUGUGAAUAAUUUUUUCUACCACAGGCAUUUGUUUAUACAUGCAGUAAUCCAAAGAUAGUAAUCAAAGAUACAAAUACAUUUUUUGUAUUUCAUUUGAAAAUAAUUAAACAAGCACACAAAUCUGCACAGCGAAUCUCUUCUGCACACUAAACACAAUCGAAGUUUUUCUAGCAAUCAGUCCACUGUCAGAUAUCUUUGGAACACUCUUGGGAGGCUACUUCCAGUCAUGCCAGUGCAGCUCAUAUCUACUUGAAUGGUGAGACCAAAAUCUUUAAAAAAAAAAAAAAAAAAAAGAAAAAAACUGUUUUCCAAGCUUAUGUGUAAAUGAAAUAUUUCAAAUCAGCAGCAAAAUCUGGAAUCAUAAAUUGUGCUUCUUUACCUCAUAUUACACUAAAAAUUGCAAUUUUCCGGCUUGUAUAGCUAAUGCGCAUGCACAUUCUCGAGUUGAUUGACAGAAGAUGUCUGCAUCUAAAAGGUGAUUGGGUCUUUUACCUGUAAGUCGGGACUGCCGUUGGGCUAAUUGUACAAAGGUGCCUCUGUUUGUUCCUGGCAGGCCACACCCCAAUCCUAACCAUAUGGAGCCUGCCAGGCUGAGUACCCUGCCAGGAACAACAUGAGGCACCUUUCUCCCAUCGUGGACUCUUGAGCACUAGAGCUUCUUGGAUGGGCGUUCCAACUUCUCCCAUUCAUUUUAAUAGAAGUGGCCCGUCUCUACUAAAUAAAUAGGCUCAGACACAAUAUGAGUCAUUCCAUUUCAUUUAAGGCAUUGGUCUACUUUUAUUAAGAAAACACCCUAUCCUUUCAGGCAUAUUUAAAUGUUGCAGUUGAAUAUUACCAAAAUGAAGAAUUUACAUAAGAACUAAUAAAAUGUGCAAAAUAUUCUUGAUAUUUAUCUUAGCAAUGGGAUAUUAAAGAGCUGUUGAUUACCAUGACUAUAAUUCACAUGUUGAGAUAGAUGUUGCCUUGUUAACUGUAACUGAAUAAAUUGGGCUUAAAAGAAUAUUCCGGGUUAAAAACAACUAAAGCUCUAUUUAGAGCAUUUGUGACAUGUUGGCGAUUUCCAUAGAAAAUACGUUCUUCUCAUUGCUCGUUAGUUUGUAUUUUUGUUAAAGCAUUUACAUGAAUCCUUUAGUAAAAUUUGAUUGAUGUCUGAGCUAUAAAGUUUUCUAAAUUGUAAUUUGGAAAUGGGACUUCUUUUGUAGAUGUAUGAAUUUAUGUGUAUUUCUGUGGGUGGAGUUUGCGCAGUGUAAAAAGUGCUUUACAAGUA